AUGUACAGGGAGUUGUGUGUCGCGACGAAUUAUGAUCACAAGGAAAUUGCUGGGUCAAGUAUUUUACUGCAAUUAUGGGCAUGGUAUCGGUUUCCAUUGAUUGCACCACCUCAUCCACCUUUAUCUACAUUUCAUGUUCCUCUAGGGGCAAGGUGGAAUUAUGCCUUGCAUAAACCUAGAGAGGAAACAAAAGAAAAAAUUGUGAAGUAUAGAGACUAUUUUGACCGUUUAAAAAGAGAGGAUUUUGUAUGGCAACCAUACUUGGAGUUACUACCUACAUUACCUCCUUACUGUUUGGAGGACUCACAUGUAUGGAGGUCAACAGUCCCGUUGAUUAAUUUCCACAUCGUCGAAUAUCAUUAUGCAGAUCGUGUAAUGCGACAAUUUGGGAUGGUCCAACACAUUCCUGCGCCUCCUAUUCAUCCGGAGAAAUUGCAUGAUCUUUCGUUGAGAGGCAAGGAUAACACGGACUGGUCACGCAUGCACGUUCAAUUUGUGCAGGAGUGGCAGUCACGUCAUCAUCGUGUAUGGACACAACCUGCGUGUGAUACACCACACUUGAGCUAUAGUUCAGAAUACAUGGUGUGGUAUAGGAAACAUACAAGGCGAUGGAUUUCUCCUUCUACUGCAAAGGAAGGAUAUGUGACCGAUGUUCUAGAACACAUGUAUCAUGGCACUAGUGAAGAACAUAGGGAUGCCUUUGAUUUUACCAUGAUGCAUGAGAGCAUCGGUCACUGCUUGCAGUUGCGAGACGAGGUGAGCAGGGUCAGUUUCCCUUUUACACCGGCUGCAGCUGCAACAUUACCACAAGCAGACGAAGUUUAGGUGGAGCACAUUGGGGCGGGUCGAUGAGAAGGAAAGGGACUAAGUCGUCGGCGAAGGCGAGUUGAACACCAGGGUUUACAGAUACCAGUUCCUCCGACUGAGCCACCAAUUGGGACAUAUUAUCCGAGUACAUUGACCCCGGAUGCAGAUGUGACACAAUAUGUGUAUGGUACUGCACAUGACACAUCUUUUGGGUUUGACGCAGCAAGAAUGUCUGGUGCAGGUAAUUUCCCAGCAUCGGAGUCGAUGGGUCAUGUCCCGAGUAUGUCGGCUGGUAGUAUGUUCCAGUUUACACCUUCUCCAUAUGUUCCACACAUGAUCUCUCCAUCAGCACCUAUGAUGAAUUAUCGAGAUUAUCGAUUUGGACAGCCGUCAUUUAUGGGAGGAGGAUUUUAUGGUGGGGGUUCGUCUUCCCAUCAUCCAGGUUUAGGGCAUGAUUUGAAUACAGCAUUAGCAGCGGAAGCUGGAAGCCCUGAGGGAGAUGGUGAUGAGUUAGUUCGGAGGAACCCAGAUCGUGGUGCUCGCCAUAGACAACGACAAUGUAUCCUAAGUCCCCAUGAGCAGCACAUGAGGAGAAAUGAAUAGUUGAUAUGCCACCGGACCACGCUGGUUACACGCUCCAGAAAGACGAGAAUACGUUGAAGAAGUAAUUUGUAUUUGUUUUAAUAGUUACUGUAAACUUUGUUGUAAUUAUUUUAUUGUAUAACUGAACAAUUUAAUUAAACUAGAAUUGACAUAUGAUAUAACUAUGGA